ACCAAACAAACAAAAAAAAAGAGUUAAAAGUGUCCAAACACGUCCUAUUGAUGUUAGGCAAUGUGUUUUAAAUACACUUAUGUUUACACCUUAGUACCGUUAAUCGGGUUUUUAAAUUUCACAUCCAGUUCGGGACGAGGUUGUUUGUCUGCUGCGUUAUAGAUAAAUGGCUACGGCCGUUUCGACGGCACCAGUAGCUGAAGUUAACUUAGUUAACUUUUCACCAACACGUUUUCCAGACAUAAACAAACGGCUUGUAACAAUUUAUAUAUUAAGUUAAAGGAUUCAUUUUUUUACUUCGGUGAGUAAAGAACCGUCGGUGUCCCCAUCUUUCGUCAAACCAGCUGGCUACUAUAAGUAUAUUUUUGUUGGUAUAUUGACCUAAGCUAGUUGACUAACAUCCCCGACCAUGAGCUCACUAAGUUACUCCCCCCUUGUUAAAGAAGAGGAGGUCUGCUGGACGGAGAAAGAGGGUAUGUUGGUGAACAGUGUCGUGGAAGAGGAAGAGGACGUUAUUACAGUGAAGGAGGAGGAUGAAGAAAAGGAUGCCGUUUUUGGAGUGGGAAAGGAGGAGGCUGCCACAGUGAAAGAAGAAGAGGAGGAUGUUACAGUGAAAGAAGAAGAGGAGGAUGUUACAGUGAAAGAGGAGAAAGAACAUUUUGGAGAGGAAGAGCAGGAUAUCUCAAAAGAGGAAGAUGAAGUCGUUUUGGGAGUGAAAGAGGAUGUGACUGAAGAUCUGAUUAACACCAGAGAGAGACCAGACUCUCACUCUGACAGCGGGAAGAGUCCUUCAGGGGAUCCAGAUCCAGAGACGUCCAAACCAGCGGGACGACACCACUACUGCCAUUGUGGAAAGAGUUUCUGGUGGUUAGGGCACUUUAGAGACCAUAAGAGAAUGCACAUAGGGGAGAAGCCUUACCAAUGCUCCCAGUGUGAAAAAAGUUUUCGCCACUUAUGGAACCUGAAAUCGCAUAAUAGAAUACACACAGGAGAGAAGCCUUUCCACUGCUCCCUGUGUGGAAACAGUUUUACCCACUUAAGGGCCCUAAAAAGACAUGAAAGGACACACACAGAAGAUAAGGCUCAUCACUGCUCCCAGUGCGGAAAGAGUUUUACCCUGUUAGGGAGCCUGAAAAGACACGAGAGAAUACACUCUGGAGAAAAGCCUCACCACUGCUCUCAGUGUGGAAAGAGUUUCAGCUGGUUAACAAGCCUGAAAAUACAUGAGAGAACACAUACAGGGGAGAAGCCUUUCCACUGCUCUCAGUGUGGGAAAAGAUUUUCCCAGUUAGGGGAUCUAAAAGAACAUAAGAGAACGCACACUGGAGAAAAGCCUUACCACUGUUCCCAGUGUGGGAAGAGAUUCACCCGGUCAGGAAACCUGAAAAAUCAUGAGCUAACACACUCUGUAUAUAAGCCUUAUCACUGCUCCCAGUGUGAAAAAACAUUUUUUUCAUCAAAUGCCCUGAAACAACAUGAGUUAACACAUGCUGAAGAGAAACCUUUCCACUGUUCCCAGUGUGGAAAGAGAUUUUUCUUAUCAGGGCACCUGAAAAGACAUGAGCUAAUACACUCUGCGGAGAAGCCUUUCCACUGUUCUUAUUGUGAAAAGGGUUUUAAGAGUUUAUGGAACAUGAAAGUGCAUCAAAAAACACACACAAAGGAGAAGCCUUCCACUGCUCCCACUGUGGGAUGAAAUGUACACGGUUUCAACAAUUCAAAGAGCAUGAAAGAAUCAACAGCGGAGAGAAGUUAUUAUUGGUCCCAGAGUGGGAAGGGAUCUAGAACAACACAUGGGAUUAGAGCCAUUUGUGAAAGAUAAUCUUUUGAAGAUAGUUUGGUUUAUUUAUUGUGUAUAAAAAUGUUGUGAAAGAUAUUAUUCACGUGGAAUAUCCCUUGACGUGAGGGAACAUUUAUAUAUUACACAUAUAUAUAUACAUUUAUUUAUUUGAACAGUUUUUUUGGGGGGGUAUCUGUACUUUACUUCUUUUGUUAAACUUAUUUGACGACAUUCCUAAAGAAAAUAAUGUACUUUUUUUACUCUGUACAUUUUCCCUUGACACCCAAGAGUACUCAUUACAUUUUGAAUGCUUAACAGGACAGGAAAAUGGUCCAAUUCACACACUUAUCGAGAGAACAUCCCUACUGCGUCUGAUCUGGCGGACUCACUAAACACAAACGCUUCAUUCGUAACUGAGUCAGGGGCUCCAACCCUCAGACA